CUGUUUCACUUUCCCACUUAGUUUAGCAACUCCAAAUCUCUAGCCAUGAAAAUUUUAUCUGUUUAACGAAAAAUAAAAAAAGGCAACACCAUAACAGCACAGUUCAGAGGUUCAAGCCAGUGCUACAAAGCCACAAAAUACACACUGAGCAAUUCUAGCCGGGAUAAUCCCAACACACACACACUCACACACAUUCCACACACACUCCACACUGCACACACCAAAUGGACACCAAGUUGGCCGGUGAAAUGCGUGCCAAAGGGGGCGGGGCUGGGGGCGUGGCCAGAGCCGCAGGGGCAAAGGGCGGGGCGGGGGUUGCGCAGAAGGCGGAACACUCGGAAAACUCGGGAAAGGAAAAGGAGUCGCCGAGGCAAACGGAUCACAAACCUUCACCUGCAGAUGGUCAACCGAAAGGAAAGCAGGAGAGCAGGCCCCAACCGAAACCCAUUUCCAUGGAACCUCCCAGGCUGGUGAGACGACGAUCGAAAUCGGGCUAUAUAGUCACAGCCACCGAGGACAUACAGGCAAUGCAGACGGCGGCCAUCCUGGCGGAGUUCGACCGGAUGCUCCUGGAGGCCGAGGGGCAUUUGAAGGAGGUGGUGGAGCAGCCGUGUGCGGAUGUGGCGGCCCGCCUGCAGAGUUGCCUCCAGGCGCACCGCAACCGGUCGUGCAACUGCUUCCCGGCGAUGGAGGCGUACCGCAACUGUGUGCUGCGUGCCACCCAGAAUCACGUGGACGACUUGGCCGAACGGGAACCACCGAUGAUGCCGGUGGUGCCGCCGCAAUCGAUUCCCCCACCCGCUGCACCACCGAACAAGCAGCACUCGAAUCGCCGGUGGUGGAAAUUCUGGACUUGGUUUCGAUAGUUCUUCUCGGUUUUCUUAAAAACAAAAACAAACCCCAAAAAGAAUUUCACAGCCCAACCGGAAUAAAGAAAUGGCCUUAUUAAUUAAAAGCAAAGGA